AUGUCUGUCCCAUUCAGCCAGUUUCCUUCAACAGCAACCAUCGUCCCAGCUCCGUUUCGAGUGGCCUUUCCAGAUGAACAGAUAACCGAGUUGACGACCCUGGUGAAGCUCGCUAAGAUAGCUCCACCCACGCUCGAGAACCAGCAACAGGACCGUCGAUAUGGCGUCACGUCCGACUGGCUGACGACCAUGCGAGAGAAAUGGUUGAACGACUACAACUGGAGAGCCACUGAGGCCCGUAUCAAUAGCUUCCCUCAGUUCACAACCAAGAUUGAGGACAUAUCGCUGCACUUCGCAGCUUUGUUCUCAAAAAAGAAAGACGCAGUUCCUGUGAUAUUGCUUCAUGGAUGGCCUGGUAGUUUUCUGGAGUUUCUCCCCAUGCUUCAGCUGUUCAAGGAGGAAUACACUCCGACCACGUUGCCGUAUCACUUGAUUGUGCCUUCGCUUCCGGGUUAUGGGUUCUCGUCUGGCCCACCCUUGGACAGGGAGUAUAAGAGCCAUGACGUGGCACGAUUGAUGGACCAGUUGAUGAAAGGGCUCGGUUUUGGAGGCGGCUAUAUCGCCCAGGGAGGAGAUAUCGGAAGUCGCAUCUCCAGGGUGCUGGCAGUGGAUUUCGAAAGCUGUAAAGUGAACUUCACUACUGUCCCACGCCCAGAGGGCUUUUCAGAUCACAGCUUGUCUGCCUCUGAGAAACUCGGAGUAGAGAGGCUGAAUACCUUCCUGACGACUGGGACAGCAUAUGCAAUCGAACAGGGCACUAGACCAAGCACCAUAGGUCUUGUCCUGUCUACCAACCCCAUGGCGCUGCUGGCCUGGGUUGGAGAGAAAUUCCUCGAUUGGGUGGAUGAUCCUCUUCCUUUAGAGACCAUCCUAGAUUUUGUUUCUCUGUACUGGUUUACCGAGACAUAUCCCCGGGCCAUCUACUUUUACCGCGAGGACUAUCCUCAUAGAAAAUUCACCUCUGAACUGAGUACACGGUGGUUCAUCCGGAAACCAUUUGGCUUUUCCUAUUUCCCCAUGGAGCUUUAUCCGGCUCCUAAAUCCUGGGUGGCCACAACAGGAAAUUUGAUAUUCUUCAAGGAUCACCAGAAGGGCGGCCAUUUUGCGGCGCUUGAGCGACCCCAGGACCUGAAAGAGGACUUGACGGGGUUCAUUGAGCAGAUUUGGCCAAGCAUUGCGGCGGCGAAGUGA